GAUACAGAUCAAUGCUCGCUAGCGUGACGACAGGUGUAAUCACCUGACAGCAGGCAUCGAGCGGUCAAAAAUCCAGUUUUCAAAUUGUGUCUAAUUACUGACAGAACAGACCGUGUAAGGAUAACAUGGUGUAAACAUGAUCCUCGGGUUAUUUCUAUCCGCAGUGUUGUUGGGCCUUGCGAGUUCAUCCUCCGAACUCUAUGGAAAGUAUCUGUCAGGUUUUACAUUCGCGAGUCUUGAUAAAAUGGGUAAACAGAUGUGUGUCAGGGAGUGUCAAUCUUACCCCGGGCGAUGUAAGUCUGUGAACUAUGACCGGGUUCAUCUUAGUUGUGAAUUGAACACAGACAGUGUCACGGACAAACCGGAAGCUGUCUUGGACAGAGAGGGGAGUACCCACAUACCGAUCUCCAUAUUUGCGAACAAUUCGGUUUGUGGAGAUCUUCAGUGCUCUACCCAGGAGAAAUGUGUCGUCAAAAAGUCGGGACCAUCUUGUGUUUUCAUUGGUUGUGAUUUGCCACGAAUAAAAAAUGCCGAAGAUAAUGGCGGAAUACUUAUGUACCGGAAGACCUUGCAGUGUAAAACAGGAUACAGGACCAUGGCGUCUCUUAUGUGCUCACAACGAGGCUUGGAUAAAAAUGCCACAGAAUUCAGAUGUUAUAAAGAAGUUGACCAAUGGACAUUGAUCUACAGGGGACAGAGUGGGGGAACAGACUCUGACUAUCUGUCGUUUAUUUCUAACGGUACAAGCGAUGAAACCAACGAAAACGUAAAGGACGAGUAUUGUACCUCUAUCACCAAGUCUCCACUCUGUACGACCAACUACCGAACAUCGCUUAUCGAUCGCUGGGAGUCUUUAGGUAUCUCCCAAGUACAAGUUGCCUUAUACAAAAACGGAACCAAGGUGGUGGAUUUAGUGUUUAAUGGUACUGGUACCAACCAAGAGAGCUGGUUCUCUCCCAGUCAAAUAUUGUCCAGUUCCUGGUCCGAUGUCCUCUCCAAUCAAACGUACAGGUACUUCGACCUUGAAGGACAUGUCACACCUGGACAAUGGAGAAAUUUUCAAAUAUGGAAAAGUUACGGAGGUUGUCCGAAUGACAGAUUUUGGAUGGCAUCAUCAUAUGCUGAACCAGGGAAGGCUUGCGCCCAGGAACAAACAAGCACAAAGCAGUAUAUAUAUUGUCCCAAUACAACCCAUUGUAACUUUGAACAAGAAUAUGAAAUUGCUGACGUCAUGACAGUAUCUAUAAAGAUGUCCGAAUAAUUACAUAACCAAUUCAAAAACGUUUUUUUUUUGUCUGUGUCAUAAUUUGCCUUCAUAAUGAAACGUAAAACGUGUUUUACACAAUACUGUACAUUGUCAAUAACUCGUGAAUAUUUUUUUUGAGGAUAGUUAUAGCAACGGUUUGUAACGGCAGUGAGUUAUGCAUGUAAAAGAGAGAAAAAUAAGAUAAAAUAAUUAAAAACAUCAUUUCCACAUAAAUUAAUGAGAGUUCGUGUAGAUUAUAUCUUCUUUAACAAUGGUUUUAAUGAGAAAAAUGAUUUUUUACUAAUUGAAUGUCUUAUCUUAAUUAUAUCAUAAUUAUAUGUUAAAGCAAACAGUCAUCUCCUUAAACUACACCAUGGAUCUUCAGGAUCUCACUUUUGUCGACAUUCAUAAAAAACAAAACAAAAACCCUAAACCCGCACGCUUCAUAAAACUAUAAUUAGAAAACAAUGUAAAAUCCACGUGGACUCGAUUAAUAAUAAAGCUGUAUUCCUCAUGCUAAUGGAAAGGAAGGAGGAGGGAGAACUAAGAAAACACAACCCCCUGGCGAUUUCAAAACAAGAAAUCUGUAUUCAAUGAGUACAUCCUUAGGGUUCUGUCCUUGGGAACUGACCCAGAAUUUUUUUUAGUUAUUUCCUUGGUAUUAUUUUUGCUGUUUUACUGAAUAAUUUUGAUCAUAUUUGAUAAAUAAACAAUUAUGAAAAUAUCAAAUAUAUUUGUUGUUUUUGUUCUCUAUCAUAAAAAAAUAAAAUAAUUUCAUUGAAUAGCAAUUAAUUCUAAUAUUGUGAAUAUUUAAAUAUACAGAAUGGUAAAGCUCUUUUGUGUAAAAUGUGAAAAUUUUACUUGUGAGACUAGCAGUAUAUACACUAGAAAAAAUUGCUAACGCACCAUUUAAAAUAAAUUAAUAUUUACAUCCUAAAAAUCUUUAAAAAUG